AUGGUUGUUGGCCCACUGCCCUCAUUCUCCGACAAUCGCACCAUGGUCGCCUCCACCACGUCACCCGCUGCCCACGCCGCAGAUGGCGAAGCAUCCUCGGUAUUCAGCGACUACGACGCCGAUGAUGGGUUCGAAGCCGAUGCCGCAAAGCGCCGGCGCGUAAUUCGUCAGAAACAAGCUGUCCGCAUCACUGCUCUCAUAUUCGCCACGUUGGCCUCGCUAUGCGCUGGCUCGAUUGUUGUCUUUUCGCUUUACGCUCCACGCUUCCAGUCACGUCUGCGAUACACACAGUUCCAGGUCAAUGGCGUCGCCAUCGCUGGCUCUCUGGCCCUCUAUCUUCCCAUAUCCGUGAUGGGCUAUUUCUGCGACCGUGUGGGUGUUUCGCCGCUGGCACUGCUCUCUGCCGUCCUUUUUGGAACCGGCUAUGGCACUGCAGCAUUCAUCUACCGAAAACUCGACAUCGGAUACAACGCCCUCCAAGGACCACACGGCGUGGCCAACCAGUGGUCUUACCCGGCCAUGAUAUUUGCGUUUGUGUGCAUCGGUUCUGGUACUUGCGCAAUGUACAUCGCUGCCGUCUCAACCUGUGCCAAGAAUUUCGGAAAGGGCAGGUAUCGAGGGCUGGCGCUCGCCAUGCCCAUUACUGGCUUCGGCUUGAGCGGCAUGUGGCUCAGCCAGUUUGGCAGUCGUUUUCUGUACGAGACGAAACCUGACGGAUCCAAAGGCGAGGUUGACGUCUUUCGAUUCUUCGUUUUCCUGGCCGUCUUGUUGGCAACCAUGGGCGUCAUCGGCUCAUUUCUGCUGCGGGUCGUUGAUGAGCAAGACCUUAUCGAAGAAGCCAUCGAAGAGCUUGAGACGAGUGGUCUACUGGACGGAAGCUCACUGCUCGGUCGAUCGCCGAGAGGUUAUGGUACCACCCCAACGACGGGAGGAGCCGAAAACUCGGCAAACAGCGCAACCCUCGACCCUUCAGACGAUGACGAUGCCCAAUGGAAGAAGACCUGGGUCCUCAACGCCGAGACACGGCAAUUCCUUACCGACCAUACCAUGUGGCCAUUUGCCGUGGCCUUCCUGCUCAUGAUUGGUCCCGCAGAGGCCUUUGUCAACAACCUCGGCACGGUUAUUGGCACCUUGACGCCUCCAUCGACCGACGGGUUUGGCGAGGCAACCACGGCGGCAACCCAUGUCUCCAUCUUUGGCGUUACCAGCACAAUUGCGCGCCUACUAAUCGGCACUCUGACCGAUCUUCUGGCCCCUGCGCCUGAGACCCAACACAUCCAGCUCUCCUCGCACCGCAGCGCCCAACACUCGCAACGCUUCACCAUCUCGCGUGUUGCCUUCCUCGUCUUUUUUGCGCUUCUCAUGUCGUUCGGCUUCAUUUUUCUCGCUUCUGGUCUAGUUCAGAAUCACGCCGAUCGUUUUUGGGUUGUCUCUGGCCUCGUGGGUGCCGGAUACGGUGCCAUUUUCAGCCUGACGCCCUUGAUCGUCACCAUAAUCUGGGGGGUGGAGAACUUUGCCACCAACUUUGGCAUCAUCGCCAUGUUACCCGCCAUUGGGUCCACGUUUUGGGGCUUGAUAUACUCUGGCAUCUAUCAGGCAGGUGCCAAGGGGUCUGCCGUCGCUGUAAAUGGGAGCGAGGAUGAUGACUUGUUUUGCUACGGUAAGCAGUGUUAUAGCGGUACGUUUUGGGCGGAGGGCAUCUGUGUGUGGGUAGCGUGUUUGCUGGUAUUGUACGCCUGGAGGGGCAGCGGGGGUUGGAAACAGAGGGGAAUUGUCAUUUGA